CAAAUAUUUGUUUAGGGGGAAUUUUUAAUUUUGUUUUGACUUUAAUUUUGGGAUUUUAUGCAGAGGUUUUGAAUGGUUCGCCGAUCCAGUAUUUAAUCGUUUCUAUAAAAUCUAGUCAAAUAUUAGAAAGAAUUAGGCUAUAUCUCAAUUCUGAAUUAUUUUCAGAGAUGAGAAGAUCGGCAUGAAUCGGAGGAGCCGUACCAGCUUCGGAGUCGAGUCGAGCUUCGAGUCCUAAAAUUUCGAAUUCGUGGUUCCUACAGUACACUGUGAGUUUUUGCAAGUACACGCUUUGAAUGAAGGGUCGAAUAUGGGUUUCAAGAUACAAGCAUUGAAGAACCUUGAUGCUUUCCCUCGUGCUGAGGAGCACCUCACUCAAAAGACACCAUCUGGAGCAAUAGUCUCCAUUAUUGGGCUUAUCAUUAUGACAACAUUGUUCAUACAUGAAUUGAAAUAUUAUCUUACAACUAACACUGUACACGAGAUGUCUGUAGAUGUGAAGCGUGGAGAGACACUUCCUAUACAUAUUAAUAUGACUUUCCCUUCAAUCCCUUGUGAAAUUUUGAGUGUUGAUGCAAUUGACAUGUCUGGCAAGCAUGAAGUAGAUCUGGAUACAAAUAUAUGGAAACUUAAAAUACACAAAGAUGGACAUAUAAUUGGAUCUGAAUACAUAUCAGAUCUUGUAGAAAGGGAGCAUGCAUCCCAUGAUCACAGUGGUGCAAGUGAUCAUCAUAAGGAUAGUAAACACUUACAUGGAUUUGGAAAUGAUCCUGAGAAUAUGGUAAAAGAUGUCAAGCGUGCACUAAAUGAUGGUGAGGGAUGUCGGGUUUUCGGUGUUCUGGAUGUUCAGAGGGUUGCUGGAAACUUCCACAUUUCAGUGCAUGGUCUGAAUAUUAUUAUUGCUCAGCAGAUAUUUGGGGAUGCAACACAUGUUAAUGUGAGUCACAUUGUUCACGAUCUAUCAUUUGGGCCAAAAUACCCUGGAAUACACAAUCCACUGGAUGGAACUGUUCGCAUUCUUCGAGAUACCAGUGGAACUUUUAAAUAUUAUGUGAAGGUUGUACCUACCGAAUACAGAUAUCUAUCUCGGGAAGUUUUACCAACCAAUCAAUUUUCUGUGACAGAGUACUUUGUUCCAAUGAAGGAGUAUGAGAAGUCUUGGCCAGCUGUAUACUUUUUGUAUGAUCUUUCUCCAAUUACUGUAACCAUCAGAGAGGAAAGACGUAGUUUCACUCAUUUCAUUACACGUCUUUGUGCUGUGCUUGGGGGCACAUUUGCUCUCACAGGAAUGCUGGAUCGGUGGAUGUAUCGCCUUAUUGAAGCUGCAACCAAAUCUUCAAAUCUAAGAGUAUACUAGCUGUUGGAAUUGAAGUGCAUUGAACGAUUGGAUUCUAACAGAUUUCCAUUGCGGCUCUUGGUAGUCAAGCAUUUGGUUCUCAAAUAUUUUUGUGGUCCUUUUCAUAAAGGACAUUCUAUUAAGAGACAAAUUGAGUUUUUGUGUAUCCAUUUUUUUUUGAUUAAAAGUUUUCGAGCCAUCAUUGUAUUUGUUGAAACAAAUCUGUGCGCUCUAUCUUAUCAAAUUUAAUGCCACUUUGUUGCCAAGUUGCAUUUUUGUAUAGUCUUGACAUACCAAAGCUUUCCAUCUGAUUUGGGAGAAGUAAUUUCCUUCAUCAGUUGGUAGUCAAAGAUUAUUCCAAAUUAUUUAAUGAAGAGGAAGUUGAACUUUUUGCUGCCCUAACAUUUCCACUCA